CAACAAACUUUCAAUUAAUGCCGUGGGACUCACAUCCUAGAGAAAGCUGAACCUGUGAAGAAGGCUGUGCGUUAUAUCAGACAAGACGACAUUCAUAAAGAAAUCACCUGACCUCCUGACUCAGUGGCAGGAACAAUAGGGACUAUUUCUCACUAAAGGCAUAACAGGGGUUUUCCCCAUAAAUGUGAAACUCCAUACGGUAAACUUGUUCCUAGUCCAGCAACACCCAUGAAACCAGGAAAUGACUGGUAUAAAAAGUGACUGAAUAGUAGAUUUGUAGUUUCUUGCACACCACUGAGAAUGCUAGUCUACCACAUUUCACAUCUUUAUUAAGGUACACCCAGCAGCUGUUGGCACACUCCUCAUUCAUCUCCAAAGCAGGUGCUAGUCCCUACAGACAAGUUACGCUUGGGGGAAACCCUUAGAAAGUCUAGCAAUUUUUACACAGUAUUGACAAGACUCCACGUUUUUGGUCUUCUGAAUAUUAAUACCUGAGUGACUUGGAUCAGUGACUUCAGUUCAGCAUUAAUCUAACAAGAAAAUGGACAUUACGAAGGGACACUGCUGGCGCUGUGAGAAACCACUGCCACAGCAUUCAGUGAAGUGCAGCGGGUGUCCGCUGGCCGAAUACUGCAGCAGGGGUUGUCUGCAGAAAGACAGAGUGAGGCAUGGUAGCGUGGAGUGCCAGGUCUUUGGGACAAAACGGUGCAAGCAGUGUGGAAAACAGGACAAACUGAAAGAGUGCGCUGGUUGUAAUAAUGCAUGGUACUGCAAUGCACCGUGUCAGCUGCGGCAUUGGAAUGCCCACAAGGAACAGUGCAAGAUGACCACAAGUUACAUCAAGGGAACCUCACGCAAAUUAGCGAUGCUUUACCGCGUGCAGGGGGAAAGCGUUUCUGUACAUGCAGAGCCCCCAGUCUAUGUUGGCAACACCAUUGCGAGUGAUUUUCUGCGUCUCGAGGGAAAUGAGUGGUCGGAAUCGGCCGACUUCGGAGAGGAGGAGCUGAAGAGAACUUACAACGUGCUGUCAGUCGGGUGCGGGGACUUAAGAAGUACCGUGCUUACUGUCGCAUCCUUGCCGGACCGAUACCAAGGGCAGCUCCAGGUCACCCUGGAUGACCUGGACCCCUUUGUGAUGGCCAGGAACGUCAUGUUCAUGGUCAUGAUGGUGAGGCACUCCACCACAGAGGGCAUUGCCUCCUCUCUGGCCACCAUCUGGUACUCGGUUCUCAUUUCGCGGAGCGACUACGAUCUCAUCAAGGUCACCCUACAGGAACUGGUCCAGGCCAGCCCUGAGGACCUGCUUGCUCUGACUCAAGGGAUGGUGACCGUGAGUGUGGCUGACUUGCGAUAUUUGCGGGAGGUCUGGGAGGGCUGGCUGAGGCUGAACUGUGACCGUAAAGCAGGCCACUCAAUCAGACUCCAGCAACAGAGGAAAUGCACCUUUGACAGGGAUAUUCAGGCCAUCAUUGGGCUGCCUCAGUACCUCAACAGGCUCUCGCAAAAAGAUGCCAAGUUCAUGAAAGACUGGUUCGAUCACGGGCUUUUCCUCCCAAAGCAAAUUCGACAUAAAAACAGGAGCCUUGACUUUGACAAUCCAACACUUACAGGAAGGAAAUUACCCAAUGUCCUCAUCAAAACCCCCAAGGAAUACGAUUUUGAGUACUGCAUUAGAACUGACCAAACCCCUUUCAUGGUUUGGGACUGUCUGCGAGUUGAUGAGUUCACUGAGGGCAGUCAAUUGUCUGUGAUGGCCAGGUACCAUGCUUACGUAACCAACCUUCUACAACAAGUCAUUGCUUUCAUCAGUCAGGGGCGACUCACAGUCGGUGUAUUUCUUGCCCACUGCCUGGACUUUCCUAAUCACCAUCUCACCCUUAACCUGCCACUCUAUGACAGAAUCUUCACCUCAAAUCUCUUAGACUACGUUGGACUGUGCACGCUCUUGAAUGUGUUCAAGCCAUUACUGAAUCACGACAACAGGCACUCCUGCAUUGUGACUCAGACGAUGAAUUGGAUUGGAAGCCACACCCCUCAGGCAGACGUCCAACGGCUAGCGCCUGCAGAAGUUCACAGGUAUCAAGGCAUGUGCCGGGAGGACACAGGCUUUGAUGCGAGACUGUGUCAGGACAUCAACAACCACAGGGAGUACUACAGCAACAUCCACUGGUUCCUGGCCUACCUUCGUGCAGCAACCAUGGCUGGGGGGGUGGGCACACCGGACAUGGACCACGUUCCCAAGCUGAACGAAGUGAUGCACUACGGUGGGCUGCGAAUGCGCGACUUCCGCAAGGGACUGAAUAAGCUGAUGCCCUUUCAGUAUCGGGUGAAUGCACGGAGAGUGACCAUGGUGGAUGGCCACGAGAGGAAUGUAGAAUGGUGCUUGCCAGUGAACAACGACGAGUGAAUCACCUCAGCACAGCCAUUUCAUAUUAAACAUUGCGAGCACCGCAAUUCUUUUACACGAUGGAGCACGCGAAGAUUCUUGUAACUCUGUCAAAAGAUUCAUCAAAUGUAUAGAGGAUCUGGAUGGUAACCAUUUUUCCGGUACACGUAUGGGCUUUUGGUCUACAGGGAUACACGAGCAGACCUUUUGGACAUGUAGUAUCCCUCCAUAACAAAAGCAGUUAAGAUGGCUGCCAUACAGAACCUCCAUACAUCUACAUGGAGACAUGUUGACAAGCGGUUAGGCCUUGUAGUUGCCGAUCAUCUUUGAGGUUCAUCUUUGACGUUCAAAUCCUAGCUGGUGGUUACAUGUAUGUGCCUCUCUCAAGCCAGGAGUAAAUGAGUCACUGCGAGGACAGUUACUUCAGGCCUGUGUUCAGUCCUUUAUCCCUGUAAUGGCAGCAUCAGGCUAGUUCAUGUAUAUCUCGCAAGGGAGCUGAGAUACUGGCAGACUCAGGAAUGUUCAGAUGUUGUGAGCCCACGGAGUGUCUUUAAUUGACAGAGAUUGUGCACGUUAUAAAUGGUGUUAUAUUGUUAUCAUUAUUAUGACAGCAUUUUUUUCAGUGAUGUAAAACAGGACAUGAAAAACUUUUUAAAAAGACACAGCACAGACGUUAGACUGACACUCGUGACUACUGAAACACAUAUUUUCCGGAUCUUCUUCAAAAUAUUACAAAUAUUAUUCCACUGUUAAUAUCUUCUGAUUGCUUUGGUAAAGAUUAACCUCCAACAAGAGUCACAAGUACAAACACUGUACAUAUACUCCUUGACUUAUGGCCUGUAAAUAACAUAGUUCGUGACUACAUGUAUCAAGCUGCUGUCAUUGACCUUGGGUACACAGGCACAGCGUGUAUCUAUUCUUUAAACAUGUGUUUCACUAUAAUUAUAUACCUAUAUGUGUAAUGUGCAUGAUCACUGGCCCCAUUGAUGCUUGAACACCCCUGUGGAACGAUAGUUAUUGUGGGGGCAAAUUUACGGUGCCAGUCACGGUUGGUACCGGUCAUGUGUCUGCACAAGUACAUGUACUCAAAUAACAGCAAAUUAGGAAAAUAUCUCUUCUUAAUGUAUACUCAGUUGGAAUGUGAAGUUAUCGCUGAACGUUAUGAUGAACAGUUCUGCACCAUUAUCUUUGUGGGAAAAAAAAUGGCUUACAACAACACAAGGUACAGUUCAUGUACAUGCAAAAUGAAACUUGCACAUGUCCACCCCACAAAUCCUAAAACAAAUCGCCUUAACAUUUCCGACAGACUUAU